AUGAAACCCACUGACACCGCCACGGCUCGUUUUUACGGUCUACCGAAGGUGCACAAGGAAAAUGUCCCACGCAGGCCAAUCGAAUCCCUUCGUGGCACUCCGACGUACGGUUUGGCAAAAUGGAUGUUCGGUCAGCUUAAUCUUUUGGCCGAAGGCUCACCAACAACAGUAGCAUCUGCGUAUCAAUUCCUCGAACGCAUAAAGCAUCGGAAGUUAGAGCCAGACGAGUCCGUGGUAUCCUUUGAUGUCGUUUUGCCCUUCAUUUCCAUUCCACAGCAACUAGAGAUAGACGUUGUGGACCAACUACUGGCAGUGCGUUAUGAGGAGAGAGACAAGCCACUGAAUUCUGAGCAUAUGCUCAAGCUUCUGCGAUACUGUCUCAAGACCUAUUUCACCUUCGGCGGACAAAUGAACGAACAAACAAAAGGCACUAUUAUGGGCUCCCCUAUAUCAGGCCUAAUCGCUGAAGUAGUUCUUCAACGGGUAGAACACUUGGUGUUCACCAAAUAUCAACCAAAGUUCUGGGCCCGCUAUGUCGAUGACAACUUCGUCGUUGUCAAAACAACUGAAAUUGAGCACCUAAAGGAACUAUUGAACUCGGUUGACCCGGAUAUCCAAUUUACAAUGAAAGCAGAAACAAACAACCAACUGCCCUUCCUUGACGUACUUGUGCGACGGUGA